AUGAACAUUCUCAAGUCUGUAAUCCUAAGGGGAUGGCCUGAAAAUAAGAAAGAAUUACCUGAAUCACUUGCUCCAUACUGCUCUGCUAGAGAUGAAUUCACUGUGCACGAUGGUCUCGUGUUCAAAGGAGAACGCAUCGUUGUACCUGAAAACAUGAGAACACAAGUCAAAUCUCUCCUCCAUUCAUCUCAUCUCGGGAAAGAAAGUAUGCUAAGAAGAGCUCGAGAGUGUGUGUAUUGGCCUGGCAUGACUGACCAGAUCAAGCAGAUCACAGAAUCUUGUGAAGCCUGUCAGACAUAUAGUAGAGCUCAACAGAAGGAAUCUCUGAUGAGUAUUGAAGCCAACUAUCCGUUGGAGAUAAUAGGGACAGAUCUGUUCACGUUUGAGGAUCGUGAAUACCUUCUUACCAUUGACUACUUCAGUGGAUUCUGGGAAGUUGAUUAUCUUCUGAAAACUACCUCCUUAGCUGUGAUUAAGGCACUGAAAAUACACUUCUCAAGAUAUGGCAUUCCAAACCAGCUCAUCUCUGAUAAUGGUCCACAGUUCGUGAGCGAAGAGUUCUCAUCAUUCACAAAAGUAUGGGACAUGGUACAUUGUACCAGUUCUCCUAGACAUCCAAACGGCAAAGCAGAAUCGGGUGUGAAAGCAGCCAAAACAAUGAUGAGCAAGUGCAAGAGUUCGAAGAUGGAUCUCUGUUUGCUUGAACUUCGGAAUACUCCGACUCAGAACACGGGGACUAGUCCGACCCAGAAGUUGUUCAGUCGAAGGACUAGAUCACUAAUGCCAAUGUCAGAAGAACUGCUGAUGCCUGGAAACCACAGUGACUACCUGAAUGAUCACAGAUCAAUAGAGAGUGCCCAGAGAAAAAGAUCUCAGUCCUACAACAGACAUGCGAGAGACUUAUUUCCCUUGGAGGUCGGAGAUAUGGUUCGCAUGAAACCCUAUCGACUAAGACAGAAAGAGUGGGAGAAAGGAACUGUGAGUAAACGACUUGACGAACGCUCUUAUGAAAUCGAGGGGGGGAAUGGUUCCUAUAGAAGAAAUAGAGUACACUUGAGAAAAUCAAGUGAGACCAAUCCUCCUACUCCUUUCCCAAAGCUGAUUCCUGCAGCGGAGACCGGUGUAAGACCAGAUGCUACACACGUGACUCAACCUUUAACAAAUGUGAAGUCACCUGACCCUGUCUCAGUACAUGAGACGAGCAGGUCCAAAUCUCAGGUAAUACCUGUACCUGAAGUUCCAGACAACCAGAGACGAUCUACCAGACACAGCAAGACGCCUGCCUACCUCAAAGACUUUGAGGUGUCCAUGAAGUAG